AACUCUUCAUUCAGCAGAAAUCCUGCGGUCCUUCCCUUUGCCUCCAGAAAAUGGAACACAAGAGACUGUAUAGUUGAAGAAUUUUUGCCCUCCUAGAAUGAAAGACAUUCAAAUCUAAAUAGUUUCCAGCUGAAGGAAAACAGCCAGCAGCUUCACGGUGUAGAUUGAACCAAGGGGAAAAUGAACAUCACUAACUGUACCCCAGAAGCCAGUGUGGCUGUGAAGCCCAAAACCAUUACUGAGAAGAUGCUCAUUUCCAUGACUCUGGUGAUCAUCACCACCUUGACAAUGUUGCUGAAUUUGGCCGUGAUCAUGGCCAUCUGCACCACCAAGAAGCUGCACCAGCCUGCAAACUACCUGAUCUGUUCUCUGGCUGUGACAGACCUCCUGGUGGCAGUUCUGGUCAUGCCUCUGAGUAUCAUGUACAUUGUCAUGGACAGCUGGAAACUUGGGUACUUUAUCUGCGAGGUGUGGCUGAGUGUGGACAUGACCUGCUGUACCUGUUCCAUCCUCCAUCUCUGUGUCAUUGCCCUGGACAGGUACUGGGCCAUCACCAAUGCUAUUGAAUAUGCCAGGAAGAGAACUGCCAAGAGGGCUGGACUCAUGAUCCUCACUGUCUGGACAAUCUCCAUUUUCAUCUCUAUGCCCCCUCUGUUCUGGCGGAGCCACCGCCGACUCAAUCCACCUUCCAGUCAGUGCACCAUCCAGCAUGAUCAUGUCAUUUACACCAUUUACUCCACACUUGGGGCAUUUUAUAUCCCAUUGACUUUAAUACUGAUUCUCUAUUACCGAAUUUACCAUGCAGCCAAGAGCCUCUACCAAAAACGGGGAUCAAGCCGGCACUUGAGCAACAGAAGCACAGACAGCCAAAAUUCGUUUGCUAAUUGUAAACUUACCCAGACUUUCUGUGUGUCAGAUUUCUCCACUUCAGACCCUACCACAGAAUUUGAAAAAAUCCAUACUUCCAUCAGGAUCCCUCCCUUCGACAAUGAACUAGAUCACCCCGGAGAACGUCAGCAAAUCUCUAGUACCAGGGAGCGCAAAGCAGCACGCAUCCUGGGCCUGAUUUUGGGCGCAUUCAUUUUGUCUUGGCUGCCAUUUUUUAUCAAAGAAUUAAUUGUAGGUCUGAGCAUCUACACUGUAUCUUCUGAAGUAGCUGACUUCUUGACAUGGCUUGGUUAUGUUAAUUCUCUGAUCAACCCUCUGCUCUACACGAGUUUUAAUGAAGACUUUAAACGGGCUUUUAAGAAGCUUAUUAAGUGUCGAGAACAUACAUAAAUGUUGAAAGCCAAAAGGAUUUCUAUUGCCAGCCUCAUGAAUGGAUGAGGUUAAGAUGUGCAACUUAUUAAUUCUUGAACAUAAUUGGUUCAGGAGAGUUUGUAAGUAUGUGUGGUCUUGAUUUUUGUGUGUUUGUUUUGUUCUGUUUUGUUUGAGGCUUGUUAUUUAGUGUGCUGUUUUCUACCUCUGGUCUUUGUGCUAUAUAAUUUUAAAUAAACUUUAUAAUACAAA